CCUCGGACACGAAGUGUGAGAACGAAGUAUACAGAAAGCUUUCAACAAUGUUCGUACUACGCUAGGUGUCAAAAGAGUCAGAAAAUCUUUGUGCUGUUGAGCAUAGGCUUGUGUUGAAUCCAGAGGUGGUUACCUUCAUCACCUCCUUAAAGUUGGAUUUUUUGUCCUCCCCAAUGUUAUGUCCUCAUAAAUUUAGACUUAACCACAGUCCAGCAGCGUGGUACAGGACCGUUCAGGCUGUUGUUGCUACACACUGUAUAGUGCGGAAUAAAAAUCAAAUCCUAUCGGCUAAUUCCUUCGACAAAAAUUCCGAGGUUUUGAAUGUGUUGAACUGUACGAGUGUCAAAUGCUUUAUAACAUAGAAAAGAACAAUGAGGAUAAGCUGUGUCAUCGUUGAAAAAUUGAUCUAAACAAUCUAUUUCAAUCAUAAGAAAUGUAAUAUUUUCUAGCUAAAGGAUAUGCC